UGAGAAAUAAGUGAUCGCAGUCAGUGACGGACCCGGACUGCGCUGCUGCUGCUGCUGCUGCUGCUGAAUCAGCUGCUGCCAAACAAAUAAACACAAAGAGGAGGAGGAGGAAAAAACAACGAGGUUUACGUCACAAAACGCGCGAGUGUGGAUUUUUUAAAAACCCGCGGAAAACUUCUUUGAGCUUCUGCAAAACUCUUGACUUGAAGCGGAUUUCAGGGGGAUUUCGCGGAAGCGUCGAGCGCGUCGGACCUUUCCACGGCUGUAGCGGGGCUGAGCCGUGGUGCUUCUCGUGCGCCUUUACGCAGGGAGCGUGUGAGAGUGUGGGAGUGUGUGUGUGUGUGUGCGUGUGCGUGUGUGUGAGGUGUUGGGGGAUCAGCCGGAGUCAGAAGGAUGCUGGAGGGCAAUGCCCGCAGAAAGAGAGGAUGAGAUUUGUCGAAAGGCGCUGGAGCUGCUCUCGGACCUUUGCUCCACAGGAGAAGUGCAGGACGAAAACUGCCUGGACUUCAUCUACUACUUCAGGGACCUGGCGAGACCGCGCUACACGGACUCAGAUGUAUCGGUGAGCCUGUUGUCCCUGCUGGUGACCACCUGUGGUCUGGCGCUCUUCAGCGUCUCCCUCUUUGUCUCAUGGAAGCUCUGCUGGGGGCCACUGAGUGGCCGUUUCUUCCCAGAUGUACUCAAGGGGGCGCACUUCCUCGGAGGAGACCAGCAGCCCGUCCUCACAGAGGUGGACGGGGAGGAAAGGGAGUACAGCGAAGAUGGCUGUGUGAAAGACCCUUCGGGGCUUCCCUGCGCUGUGGCUGUCCCGGAGUCGACCCUGAAGAUAAGCCACACAUCGCCCGAUAUUGCACUGGAGACCCAGGCCAAGGUGGAGAAAAACCAGGUCCACACUCUGGCAAGGGACAGAGUCCAGAGACAGAUUACUGAGCCUACCUCGUCUGUACGGCACAAUUCCAUCCGCCGUCAGAUGAACUUGUCCAAUCCGGACUUCAACCUCGCUCAGUUCCAGCGGCAGGAGUCUCUGUCUGGUCUAGGCAGCCUCAAACCAGAGCUCUACAAGCAGCACUCAGUGGACACAGAAGACGGCCGUCACAUUGGCAAAUGCGGGUGUCUCCACUUCAUCCUGAAAUUUGACUUUGACCUGGAGCAGCUAAUCGUGAAGAUCCACAAGGCCCAGGACCUUCCCGCCAAGGACUUCUCAGGGACCUCUGAUCCUUACGUCAAGAUCUACCUGCUGCCUGACCGCAAAACCAAGCACCAGACCAAGGUGCACCGCAAGACUCUCAACCCAGUGUUCGACGAAGUGUUCCUCUUUCCGGUGGCGUACGGCGAGCUGACGAGCCGGAAGCUGCAUUUCAGCGUCUACGACUUUGACAGGUUCUCGCGCCAUGACUUGAUCGGCCAAGUGGUGGUGGACAACUUCCUGGAUCUGGCUGAUUUUCCACGGGAGACAAGACUGUGCAAAGACAUACAAUACGUGACCUCGGACAACGUGGACCUGGGAGAGCUGAUGUUCUCACUGUGCUAUCUCCCCACGGCUGGCAGGCUCACCAUCACCAUGAUCAAAGCCAGAAAUCUGAAAGCCAUGGACAUCACUGGAGCCUCAGAUCCGUACGUGAAAGUUUCCCUGAUGUGUGAGGGGCGGAGGCUAAAGAAGAGGAAGACGUCGACCAAGCGGAACACUCUGAACCCGGUGUACAACGAGGCCAUCGUGUUCGAUGUUCCUCCUGAGAACAUCGACCAGAUCAGCCUGCUCAUAGCCGUCAUGGACUAUGAUCGGGUCGGACACAAUGAAGUGAUUGGAGUGUGCAGGGUGGGCAACGAGGCUGAGAGCCUGGGCCGAGAACACUGGAGUGAAAUGCUCUCGUACCCACGGAAACCCAUCGCGCACUGGCACCCGCUCAUAGAGUGGGUUGGACAGGGAGCGGCAGGCAGCGGAAGCCAAGGAGGAUCCACCAAUUCACUGAAGACGCCACCGUCUCCAUGAGCGCACGCACACACACACACACACACACACACACACACACACACAGACAGACAGACACACACAGCCUCAGGUGCGGGUGGUUGGAACGUCGAGUGAUGGACUUCCAGAAACAUUUAGACAUGAAUUACAAGUUGUGUCGAACAAGCGAUCUUGGUAGUAACAUCAGCUAUAAAACCAUUACUCUAACCAAUGUCUUAUUAGAUUGAACUACUGUAUAGGUUUAAUUGUGUUUAGACUUUUCCAAAGGCUAACCACCACUUCUUACUUCCUCAUGUGUCUUCACGACCAAAAAAAACAAACAAAAAAAAAAAAACACUUAACGACAUUCCAACUAAACUAACUGUUUGAGUUGUUAUUGACCGUAUUAACAGUUUGAGAUGAUCUAUCUGGUCAAGCUUCUUUUUGUCGUUUUUCUUAAACGGGUGUGUGGACCAAAAGCAUUAAUUUAAGGUGAGUGUGUGUGGAGCUGUGGCUAG